AUGGACGAGUCGUCAUCGGUCACAGGCGCCGGCGCCGAUACGCCAUCUUCCGUCCCAACUCGUCCAGCGCCCGGUCGCAAGCGCAGCAGCUCUGGCGCUGGAGGCUUGCUUUCGAAACUACCUUUUAUGCGAAACUCGGGCGAACACCGCCCACGAUCCCGCCGCAACACCAACGAGACCGAGAUCACAACAUUUCCUCCCACACCCUCUUUCACCUCCAUACCGGCCGACACUCCUCCACGCCACGCGGGUGCGCCCAACGGUGCGCCCCCGCUGUUGCCUCACAUUAUCCAAUAUCAAACCCAGCAGCCGCAAUCGCUAAAAACACGACGACGUAGAGGAUCGUUGCGAAAGGUUGCCCUGUUGGGGCGGGGUGCUCAAAGAGAAAAGCGGGAUCGUGGACUAACAAUCGACACAAAAUUGAACGUCUAUGGCGAACCAAACGGGACACCAAUCCAAGUCACAGCCGGCACCGCGCCGACCUCGGUUACAUCAAACACAUUACACCUCCAGAAUAAUAGCGGUAUCUUGAAGAAUUCUAUUAAUACAUCUACACCGUACGGUCUGGGAAUAUCAGACCUCACACCCCGACCCAGCAUGGACGGAUAUGCCAGCCGAAGUGGUUCCCAACCGUCCGAUCCAGACGCAACCCCCACUGCCGCAUUGGCCCCUAUAAAUGCCAACACGCCCAGCUCAAGAAAUAGCAUCACCGGCUCAAGAAGCCCAAGUAUAAGCUACAACACCACAGACGAUGAAGACGCCCUCCACAUGGCCGUCCCCACCGGGCCGGGUUCAUCAACCUCGAACCUCUCAUCCACCUCGUCCUCCGUUAACCUCCUCCGCCCGGAAAGAGCCUCUGUCUCCUCCGCCUCGGGGUCAGAAUCUUACUUCCUCAACCUCCCCCAUUCUCCCCACAGCCCUCCCCGACCGUUGGGCCUCGGAUCAUCCACCUCAGGCUCAUCAAUCCUCCCAUCAAUCCAACGCCGUCGCGGCACGGUUCAGAGAGCGAAGUCCCCGCUGGCACUCACCUCUCUGGCAGGGCUAUCAACGACACCCUUGCCACAACCAGACUCAGACUGGGACUAUUCCGAGACGGAGUGGUGGGGGUGGGUGGUGUUGAUUGUGACGUGGACGGUGUUUGUGAUUGGGAUGGGGAGCUGCUUGGGGGUUUGGAGCUGGGCGUGGGAUGUGGGGACUACACCGUAUGCGCCGCCUGAGUUGGAGGAUGAUCCGACGUUGCCGAUUGUGGGGUAUUAUCCUGCGUUGAUAAUACUUAGUUGUGUGAUGGCCUGGGUUUGGGUGGUGGUUGCGUGGGUGGGGAUGAAGUAUUUUAGGCAUGCUAGGGUUAGUGGGGAUUAA